AUGAUUUCAGAUAACUAUGAGAUUCCGAAUUCGUGCCACAAUUUGCCAUGCAGUCAUAUUUGCACAGUUUCAAAUGGAAAAGCAAAAUGUUUGUGUCCGAUUGGAAAAGAAUUGAGCUCGUUUAGGUUGGUUAGGGGCCUAUGGGGCUUUAGGGGGCUUUAGGGGGCUUCAGAAGUCUUUAAAAAGCUUUUGGAGACUUCAGAGGGCUCCAGAAAGCUCUAGGAUGCUUCAGAAUAUUUCAAAUGGAUUCUGAAUCCUUAAUAAUCCUUGUGAAGUUUUCUGAAACCUGCUGAAACCUUCCAAAGCCUUAUGAAGCCAUCUGAAGUUUUCCCAAGCUUUCCAGAAUUCCAGAAGUCCAAAAAAUCAAUAUUUUCAGUGACUCUCAAUGUCUUCCCACAAUAAUCUGUGAACCCUGGCAAUUCACAUGCACCAAUGGAAAACAAUGUAUCCACUCGGCGAAAAAAUGCGACAAAAUCAAUGAUUGCUCAGAUCAUAGUGAUGAAUCCUUCGAUCUCUGCCCAAAAAUCGAAAAUUCAAUCGAUAAUUGGCCAUGCGAUGAUUUAUCUGGUUUUGUGAGCCGCAAACAUCUUUGCGAUGGAAUUUCGAAUUGUCCAGAUUCAUCAGAUGAACUACACUGUAGAUGUGAAAGACCUCAUGAAUUUUUCGACUGCGCCGCAAGUUAUCGAAAUUUGAAUGCGCAACUUUUGGCGCCAAAUUUUAAAUGUAUCCAUCGAUCGAAGAUUUGUGACUCGAAAAAUGACUGCGGGAACUAUGAAGAUGAAUUUGGCUGCGGCGAACAUCAAAAGAAACCCGCAGAAAUCAAAUGGCUCUAUGUGAUUCUUGCCGCAUUGCUCAUAUUUAUCCUGAUCCUCCUGGCUUUGGCUUAUUUGCGUCGCUGUCAAAGAAAAUCAAAGCUCUAAAGCUAGAGCUCCGGAAUUUUCAACACAACAGACGACGGUUUUUCCGCAAGAGUUUUAUUAUGCGAAAAUUGAACGACAACCGAUGCCUUGUCAAAUUUCGAGAAGUGAUCGGAUUCGGAGACGACAAAGUUUUGCUAUGGUUAGUUUGGGAAGCCUUGGAAAGCCUUCGGAAGCCCUCUAAAGCCUUCUGAAGCUUUCUGAAGCUUCCUGAAGCCUCCUGAAGUCUUUUGAAAUUUUAUGAAGCCUCCGGGAGCUUUCUGAAGCCUUCCGAAGUCUUCUGAUAUAUUCUGAAGCCUUCCGAAGUCUUCUGAUAUAUUCUGAAGUCUUUUGAAAUCUUGCAAAGCCCACUGAAGCCUCGUGAAGCCUUCUGAAGCCUCCGGAAGCCUUCUGAAAUUUUCUGAAGGCUUCUGAUGCUUCCUAAAAUCUUCUGUAGCCUUCUGAAGCCUCCUGAAGCCUUCUGAAGCCUUUUGAAGCCCUCUGAAGCCUCUUGAAAUCUUCUAAAGGCUCUAGAAGCUUUCUGAAGCCUUGGAAAGCCCUCUAAAGCCCCCUGAAGCCCAGAACCAAUUUCCAAAUUUUUUCAGAGCGAAAUGAGUGAUCCACCUCGAUCUUCAACACCUUUCCAAGAAGACUUCAAACGACCACCUUCAAUUUCUUUAACACCAAUCUUUAAGGAUAUUUGA